AUGACAGACUGUGAGGAGGGAGAGGGGGGACCCAACAGCCAGGGAGAUGGGAACCCCAAAGAGAGCAGUCCAUUCAUCAACAGCAGUGCAGCAGGUGAUGCCGAGAAGAGCCAGCAGUAUGACGGAAAGAAUAUGGCUCUGUUUGAGGAGGAGAUGGAUACAAGUCCAAUGGUCUCCUCCCUCCUCAGCAGUCUAGCCAACUACUCCAACCUGCCGACAGGCAGCAAAGAGCACGAAGAGGCCGAGAAUAACGAGGAGGGGGCACGUCCGUCUAAAAAACCCGUCAAGGCUCCACAGCUGGGCACUCUGAUGGGAGUGUACCUGCCAUGUAUCCAGAACAUUUUUGGGGUGAUCCUCUUCCUGCGGAUGACCUGGAUGGUCGGGAUUGGUGGUGUCUGCGGCUCCUUUAUUAUUGUCUUCAUGUGUUGCUCCACAACGAUGCUCACAGCCAUCUCCAUGAGUGCCAUCGCAACAAAUGGGGUUGUACCAGCUGGAGGUUCAUAUUACAUGAUCUCUCGCUCCCUGGGGCCUGAGUUUGGUGGAGCUGUUGGGAUCUGCUUCUACUUAGGCACCACUUUUGCAGGUGCCAUGUACAUUCUUGGCUGUAUUGAAAUUCUGCUGAUUUACAUCGUUCCUCAGGCAGCCAUCUUCAAGAUCGAGGGCCUGGAGGGGCCUGAGGCGGAGGCAGCUCUCCUCAACAACAUGCGGGUGUACGGUACCAUUGUGCUGAGCUUCAUGGCUGUGGUGGUGUUCGUGGGGGUCAAAUAUGUGAACAAACUGGCACUGGUCUUCCUGGCCUGUGUCAUCCUCUCCAUACUGGCUGUUUACGCCGGAGUCAUCAAAACGGCCAUCGACCCCCCUGUCUUCCCAGUCUGCCUCCUGGGAAAUCGAACUCUUAUUUCUAAGGGAUAUGACAUCUGUGCAAAGGUCAUUGAAAUAGACAAUGAAACUGUCACCACCAAACUGUGGAGAUCCUUCUGUGAUUCUGAGUACCUGAACGCCACGUGUGAUGAAUACUUUACCAACAACAACGUCACAGAGAUACAGGGCAUCCCAGGGGUGACUAGUGGCAUCCUGGCAGAGAACCUGUUUGGUAACUAUCUGGAGAAAGGGACAAUUCUUGAGAAGCGUGGGCUUUCGGCAGUCAUGGAUAAAGACAGUCCCACAACAAGCUCCAACCGUUAUGUCCUGGCCGACAUCACCAGCUUCUUCACUCUGCUUGUUGGGAUAUAUUUCCCAUCUGUCACAGGUAUCAUGGCGGGCUCCAAUCGUUCUGGAGAUUUGCGCGAUGCCCAGAAGUCGAUCCCCAUUGGAACGAUUGCAGCCAUCACCACCACAUCUACUGUGUACAUGUCUUGUGUGGUGCUCUUCGGUGCCUGUAUUGAAGGAGUAGUGCUAAGGGACAAGUUCGGUGAAGGGGUCAGCGGUAACCUGGUGAUUGGGACUCUGGCAUGGCCGUCUCCGUGGGUCAUCGUGUUUGGCUCCUUCUUUUCCACUUGCGGAGCUGGGCUGCAGAGUCUGACUGGAGCUCCCCGUCUCCUACAAGCCAUCUCUCGAGAUGGCAUCAUCCCGUUUCUCAGAGUAUUUGGGCAUGGCAAAGCUAACGGGGAGCCCACAUGGGCCCUUUUGCUCACAGCGAGCAUUUGUGAGAUUGGUAUCAUCAUUGCCUCCCUGGAUUCAGUCGCUCCCAUCCUCUCCAUGUUCUUCUUGAUGUGCUACAUGUUUGUCAAUCUUGCCUGUGCCCUGCAGACUUUGCUGAGGACACCAAACUGGAGGCCGCGCUUCAAGUUCUACCACUGGGCUUUGUCUUUCUUGGGUAUGAGCCUGUGCCUGUCGCUCAUGUUCAUCUGUUCCUGGUAUUACGCCAUAGUCGCCAUGGGCAUCGCCACCUGCAUCUACAAAUACAUAGAGUUCUGUGGAGCUGAGAAGGAGUGGGGUGAUGGGAUACGUGGCAUUUCUCUCAGCGCUGCACGCUUCGCUCUCAUGAGGCUGGAGGAGGGACCGCCGCACACCAAGAACUGGAGGCCUCAGAUCCUGGUUUUGGUGGGUGUGGAUGCUGAGCAGAACGUAGAACAGCCUCGUCUGCUCUCUCUGACCAAUCAGCUGAAAGCAGGGAAGGGUCUGACCAUCGUCGGCACCACAGUCCAAGGAACCUUCCUUGACAAUUAUACUGAGGCCCAGAGGGCUGAUCAGUCUUUGCGUAAGCUGAUGGAGACAGAGAAGGUGAAGGGCUUCUCUCAAGUGGUCAUCUCGUCCAAUCUGAGAGAUGGGACGUCCCACCUGAUCCAGGUCGGAGGACUGGGAGGUCUGAAGCACAACACUGUGAUGGUCAGCUGGCCCCGAAACUGGAAACAGCCUGAGUGCCACCAGCAGUUUAGGAACUUCAUUGAGGUGGUUCGAGAGACAACUGUGGCCAGUCUGGCCUUAUUGGUCCCUAAGAACAUUUCCAGCUACCCGUCCAACGGAGAGCGCUUCACUGAGGGCCACAUAGAUGUAUGGUGGAUUGUCCAUGAUGGAGGCAUGUUGAUGCUUCUGCCCUUCCUGCUGCGACAGCAUAAGGUGUGGAGGAAGUGCAAGAUGCGUAUUUUCACCGUAGCUCAAAUGGAUGACAAUAGUAUCCAGAUGAAGAAAGACCUCAUCACCUUCCUCUAUCACCUGCGCAUCGAUGCCGAGGUGGAGGUGGUGGAGAUGCUUGACAGUGACAUUUCAGCCUACGCCUACGAGAAGACGCUCUUAAUGGAACAACGAUCACAGAUCCUCAAACAGAUGCAUCUGACCAAGAAUGAGAUGGAGAGAGAGAUCCAAAGCAUAACGGAUUCAUCCCGUGGGUCCAUACGGCGUAAAAACCCAUCUGCCUUGCACUGCCAGCGCAGUGCUGAGGAGGGAGCCAGCUUGGCAGAAAAACCAGAAGACGAGUGUUUGGCUGUCUCCAACCCAAAACAGGUACAGCUGAUACACAGUAAGAACGCCUCCGCGCCAACAAGCCCUACAAGCCCCAUGUCCCCCGGGGGGUCUGUAGGGGGAGUAGACAAGGGGCCGGCCUUUUUAUCGACAAACCCGGAGGCAGGCAAAGACCUCUUCAACAUGAAACCGGAAUGGGAGAACUUAAACCAAAUCGAUGUGAGACGCAUGCACACAGCAGUGAGACUCAACGAGGUCAUCACAAAGAAGUCCAAGGAGGCGAAACUUGUCCUGCUCAACAUGCCUGGACCACCCAAGAACCGUAUGGGCAAUGAAAACUACAUGGAGUUCCUCGAGGUUCUCACUGAAGGCCUCAAUCGGGUCCUCCUCGUGCGCGGAGGUGGACGGGAGGUCAUCACCAUCUACUCCUGAAGGCAUUUUAAUGGCAGCUAUGUGGACUCUUUCUCUUCCCCUCUAUCAGUCCAUGGAAAUCGUCCUACAGUCACCUCAGCAUCGACACAUUUAACCUUUUAACUUUUUAAGCACACAAAGAAUUACGCAACAGUCACCUUUCUGCUCUGGACUCGUCAGCUGAUAAGAACAGAUGAAUUUAUGGUUGGUUCUAGAUAGAGAUAUUUAUUGAUGCCGAGGGAAAUUCAAGAACAAAUUCUGACAGAUUCUUUGCAAAACAAACAAUUUUUCUGUUGUUCCAUCAGAUUUCUGUCCUUUCAGUGUUGUUUCUGGUCAUUUAUAACAGAGGAAAGCUUUUUCUUUGUCAUGUUUCGUUCUCCCUUAUUUUCUCUUAUUUAUUAUUGAUGUUCUUUAUGUAUUUAUCCAUCUCAUCAUGUCUGUCUUUGUUCUUUUCUGUUUUAUCUCACUAAAUGGAAGCACAUGAGUAAUAAUAUUAGAGUACUGAUAAUGAUGGUAAAUCAUGUACAUAUGUUCAACAGAGAAAAAAAAACAGAUUUGCUACUACUUUGCACUCAUUUUAGUGCCCCAAGUCUUGCAUUACACCAUCCAGGACAAUACAUGUGAUUUGCUGUUAAUGCCCAGGCAGUGAACAUUAUAAAAGCAACUGUCAUGGCUGGCUUGUCCUUGUUAUGGCAGGAAUUUACCCACACAAUAUUUGCUAGCAUUGCUCUCCCACUGCUGAGAGCAUGGCAUAAAUAUUUAAAAUUAAAACAAAAUGAUCUGAUGCAGAUUAUCAUGGUCACACACCUGAUUGUCUGACCUCAUUAUCUCCACUGUUGAACAUGAAUCAUGUAGAUUGAAUGGACAGUGGAGUGACAUGCUGUCAUACAGAGUCUUUGAAUACUGCACAUUUGAUAUUUAUUACCUCCAGUGUUUCGCAGUUUUCCCAGGAAGCCCAGAAACAUUCUAGUGCAGAUGUUGUGCAAGUAGAUCAGGAAGCAAACUGCACUGGGAUCUUCUUGUUAAGAUAUUUGAAUACUCAAAAUCCAAAUGUUUUGUCGUUUUGUUUGUUUGUUUGCUUUUACAUGAUUUCAAAAACUAAAUCAACUUCAACUCAUCUGAAUGUUUCUAUUCAGCAUUUCAUCUCUGAACAAAAACCAUCACCAUCACAAUAUGUAAUGAAGACAUACUUAUAAACAUUUAUAAAAUAAUAGUGUAAGUUGUUAAGGAGAAACUUAAUGAGUCAAAGGUUUUAUUUUAAAUUUUGACAUUUAUGUAAAAAUAUGAAUUACCUUGUUACUUACUGUAUCAUUUGUUGUGUUUGUAAGCAAACAUUUUACAGCAUAAGUCAGUGCUCAUAGAUACACACGUAUAAUGCGUAUAUCAUAAAUUUUAUCUUAGAGAAUUUAUUUUUUUUUUAAGUGUGGCUCAGAAAAAUAAUAAUAACAAUAAUAAUAUAUUUAUUUAAAUAUUUUCAAAUGCACUGUAUUUUAUGUGAGUAUUAAAGGAGUAGUUAGGAUAUACAUUUGUUAGAUGAGAAAAUACAUACAUGGCUCUCAGUUUGAGAUUUGAGACAGUGAGCUUAGCGUUAGGCUUGAAACAUCUGGCACAGCUGUGAUGAAAGGUGCCUACCAGCAAAGUAUUAAGGUGACACUGGACACAGUAUUGGAAGCAGGGCCCUGUUUGUUGUUAUGCUGACUUGCACAGUGGGGCAUGAGGACAGAAAAGUUUGACUUCUUUGGUGUAAAAUUACCAGGAUCUUCUGCAUAGCUUCUGGCUUAUUGGUGCCAUACAGUAUUUUACCGUAAUUUUAAAUCUGCUUCUAGCAAAAAAAAAGAAAAUCAUUUCAGCAUCUUUUCCAGGAGAUCAUAGAGCUUGUACGUAUCUUUUAGAUUUAUGAUAUACAUGUAUUGUUUUCAACGCAGUAGCAUAUACCUCACCUCACCUCAUUGUAUUGAUAUGUCUUACUUUUGGUGAAUAUCUGUGCAGCCCUCAGUGUUUCCCUUAUAACUCUGAAAAGUGUGAGUGCAUACAUUUAGCACCAAGAAAAACUGUAUUUACUUUUGACUUUACGAGAAAAUGGAGUAGUUCUACAGACUGAUACACUGGUAACUGGCCUGCAAAAGUUUUUUAACUCCUUCAUUCAGAGUGUGUGUUCAUGUUGUGACUACAUGCCUGUAUGCCGUAUGUCUGUGUGUGAACCUGAGACUCAUAUGAGUGAGGACAGUGUGUGUAAUUUAACAGCAAGAUGGACGUCUGUAAACAGAUCUGUGAUUUUAGGCUUAGAGACAAAGCUUGUCAUUGGUGUUGAAACAGAUUUUAUAGAUAGAGUAGGCCGUUUGUAUUGUCUUUUAAAAUAAUGAACAAACUUUAUUUUAUGUUCUACCAUGUCUUAUACAAUUAUGUACGAGUAAUGGUUGAAAGAGACCAUUUUAUAUGUUGGCACAAAAUGCAAUAAACAAAAUCAUUUUAAUACAACAGUGACA